UCCUAGUCGGGUUUGUUAACCACUGCGCCACGAUGGGAACUCCCAGAUAUCAUUUUUCUUGCUGGUCUGGGUGAUCCUGGGGUCAAAACUGUCCCAGCUUUGGCUCUUAGGUUAGGGUCUGGGGGCAGAUCUGAAACACAGCCUCUGCUUUGAGCUCAGGGUCCCUUCUCUCUCCCCAACAAUGUCCAAGGCUGUGGUCCUAGCUCCUCCUGGCAUCCCUCCCUUGAAGUUCCCUGUCACUCAUGUAAAUGGAUGCCACCUAAAGCCACCCCAUUUGUCCUUCCCAAAGGGCUCACAGAGGGGGCUCAGCACCCAUCCUAUCCCACUAUAUAUAAAUGCUAAAGACCAGAGGGUGCUUAAAGCAGUAUGACUGAUGGGGCAGGAAGUAGGGUCUUGAACCCAUUUUCCACGGAAAAGGUGGGAUGUUGCCUCAGGUGAGGUCAGGAGGAAGAAGCAAGCCAGUUCCCCACCUGCUGCCUCAUGGUGCAGUAACUGUCAGGCCACUGUGGUGAGGGCCAGGGCAGUGGUUCCCUGACAGGAUUUUGUCCCCUGGUCUAGAGCUAGGAUUUUGUCCAAGAGAGAUGGAGGAGCUACUAGUGCCAUUGGGCCCUGACUCUGGCUGGACAGGGAAGGAAUGUGUAACAGAAAACCUUGAAUUGCAUAAGACAAGAGCCCAGCUCCAAGGACUUCAGAACAAAAAGGCAUGAUUUAGCUCACAUAACUGGGAAGUGCAGGGUGUAGCAAGAGCCAGGGAGCAUGGUGUGGUUAGGAGCGAACUUCUCUCUUGUCUCGGUAGCCUUCUGUGCCAGUUUCAUUCUCAGUCAGCCUCCCCUCAAGCAGUGGCAAAAGACAACUACCCUUCUUUCUAGUUCAGCUUCUAGAUACAGAGGGGAAACUUCUACCUCUUUCCUAUUGGUCCAGCCAAAGUUGCAGCUUGAUUGGCCCAACUUGAAUCCAAUACCCACCUCUGAGCAAAUCAUUUCAGGGAGGUGACUGGAAUAUGCAGAUUGAACAGGCCGUUUCACUUGUCCAUGCCUGUAGCUAGGGAGUGGGAUCAGCCCUUACCACAGCAUGCGGACUAAGAAAAAGGAAGCGGGAAGGCCCCGAGGUCAGUCAGGACUGAGGGAAGGAUCUGGGCAGGCACAAACUACAUGUGUCCUUUCAAGUGAAGCCAGAAGGCAUAGCAGGAAUGCAAGUUAGAAACCCUUAGUGGGGUGGAGCCCUCGGGGACCCUUGGGGCUCAAAUUUAAGCUGAGGGCCUACCAGGACCUGGGUCUGGUUGGCUGUGGGGCAUGGGCACCACCCAGGCUAAGGAUGUUUCCAGUCAGCUUUGACAAGAGAGUACCCUGGCCUGAGGAAGGGGCAGAAUUUGCUUCCACUGCAACACUGUCCCUCUCCUUUCCCACCACUGUGACCCUGAGCUCCUUCUGGGAAAGCAGUGGAGGGACGGUCCUUGUUGCAAAUCUUGGCUGAGCUGGGCUGGGUUAUGCAGAGCUAGAAGCACAGGGGGCUGCCUGUGGGACGACGAACUUCCCCUUGUAAGUGUGCCAGCUGGGUGGGGACAGCUGAGCCAUGCCACAUAGGACAGGACAGUUGUCUCCACGACUGGGUGGGGGGUGAUCUCUGUCCCCAGGAGGCAGAAUGGCAGCUGGGCCAAAUGGGCUCGAGGAAUGGGUGGGCAGCGCAUACCUGUUUGUGGAGUCCUCGCUGGACAAGGUGGUCUUGUCAGAGUCCUACGCUCACCAGCAGCAGAAAGCAGCAGUGUACAGGGCCCUGCGGACUGCCCUUGCAGCAUUCCUUGCCAAAGACCCCCAGUACCUGCCUUUUGGCUUCUCUUUUCCCAUCUCAGGGCAGAGGCCACAGGAGGCCUGCAGCCGCUUCCUCCGGGCCUACCGCGAGGGGGCACUGCGCACCGCUCUGCAGGCGUGCUUGGAGACUGCUCUGGCCCUGAGUUCCGUGCCUUUGCAACUGGAGCUGCGCGCCAGCGCAGAGCGGCUGGACGCCUUGCUGACAGACGAGGAACGCUGUUUGAAUUUCAUCUUCGCCCAGAAGCCUGACCGGCUCCGGGAUGAGGAACUCACAGAGUUGGAGGAUGCGCUCAGAAAUCUGACCUGCGGCUCAGGGGGCCAAGGGGGUGACGUGGAGGGCGCUCCAGCCACCUCUACGGCGGAGGAGAAGCUGCCGCCACCGCCGUCUGGCCAGACUUUUCUGUUCCAGGGUCAGCCUGUCGUGAACCGGCCGCUGAGCCUGCAGGACCAACUGACGUUUGCCCGCUCAGUGGGCCUCAAGUGGCGCAAGGUGGGGCGCUCCCUGCAGCGUGGUUGCCGGGCGCUGCGGGACCCGGCUCUUGACUCACUGGCCUAUGAAUACGAGCGCGAAGGGCUGUACGAGCAGGCCUUCCAGCUGCUGCGGCGCUUUGUGCAGGCCGAGGGCCGCCGAGCCACGCUGCAGCGCCUGGUAGAGGCGCUUGAGGAGAACGAGCUCACCAGCCUGGCAGAAGACUUGCUGGGCCUGGCGAAUCCCGAUGGCAGCCUGGCCUAGACUGAGUACCAGAGAAAGGGGGUGGUCAGCCGGUUGCCCAGCCAGGGUUUGGGGCACCUGGAUGACCAUAGGUUCCCUUCUGCUGCUACUGCUGAUCUUCUGUCCAUCCAUGGGACUCUGAGAUGACACUUAACCCCACUUCGCUGAGCUGCUGGAGCUGCUGGGCAGAGGUGACUGCCCUCUCCCGGAGACGGACAAGCAUCCACUAUGCCUGCUGGAGGUUCUGCUCUAAAUACUAUGAUAGAGACAGAGUUAACCGGUGACCUGCUGCAGAAGUCUGCCUCACCCUCUCCCACCCCAGAAGAGGGGCUUUCAGCCAGACCUUACCUCUUCAUUCACCGAAUGAACAAUUAUUAUUCAUUAAUUCAUUAAGGACCUGCUGUAUCUUAGGCAUCAUCUUAAGUGUCACAAAUAUUGUGCUGAACAAGAUACACGAAUCCUGCCUGCUCCCAGUUGACACUCAGUAUGGUACUCUGAAUAUUAAGCAUCAGUAAUAAAAUACUACCCACUUUUUGAUGUGAAAAAUA